CAAGAGACGCGUCUUGAACGUGCGGAAAGCCUUUUUAUCCUAUACUUUUCUUUCCGUAUUUUCUCUUUUUAAACAAUCCGAUAAGAUCACGAUCUCGACUACCUUCAAAGGCCACAUCCGUUUGCACGUUUGCGUCUUCGAUGACAUUCUUCGCCAACAUAAUUUCAUUUAUAAAGAGGGAGGUGAAACUUCUAAGUUUACGAGACAUUUAAAUUCAUAAAAUUCAAGUAAAUAAAGAUAAUCGAACCUACAGGUCGCAAUGCAAUUUCGCCAACUUUGCGCUAGAUUUUAUAGGACUAAACAUUAAAUGUUUGAUCUUGGUGCGUAAUUGUAAAUAAAAAUUGCCUACCGAGCUACUUGAAAACCGAAAUGUUUGUCGUCUCCCUUAAACUUCGACUUACCGAGGAUCCGACUGUAUUUGCUUCAAAACGAAACACAUAUCCAGUGUAACGAUAGUUUCUCAAGCAGAAGGUGAUCAUUUCCAGUGAACGUGCAAGUGACAUUAAAUCGAACCUCUCGCCAGCCUCCGCAUCCGAAAUAGCUUGAUGUCGACGGGUCGAAUUAACGCGCGACGAAAUUUAAUAGGAGCGUUUAGGGAUUCUGUGUUCACUGAUAACAUUCACGUACGCAGACACACUACACCUCAGCUGGAUUUAGAUGCGGUGCUCAUAGUCGUUGAUUUCAUGUGGCUCCGUUGGCUGUACUCUGAAUGCUGUUGGCACUCUACGGCACUAGGAUCGCGUGGACAACUAGCGAUUGUUUUGUUCAGGCUCAAGCUACCCCAGAGCCAUUAGAAGCAGAAGCAAAUCGACGAUACAUUACAGUUAUCGGAGUGCACGGGAUUAUGAAGAAAAUGAACGAAAUAAGCAGAUAACGACCGUUUAGUCGAUCUUUGACGAAUUCUUAACCAACGUGACGCUCAACGUGAAAAUUAACGAAAGAAAUGGAUAUUAAUUUUUUAGACGAUCUGUGAGUAAUUAAUCGUAAACAAAGUCGUUAGAAGCAAAAAGAAAUGAGAAUGAAAACAAACAAGGAAAGUAAACAAUUUUAAAGCAUUAUUGCAAAGUUAUUAGGAGUCAAGGAAAAUCGUGAAACGUACUGGUCCAGUUAUAUGUUGAAAAUCAAACAGUAGUCGAUCUACCAAAGAGAAUUCAGUCAUUACAGAAGAUGUUGGCGACGUUGAGAACUGUCCGAAGUAAUGGAGCGUCGAUGAAACGAAGGAAGCAGUAAUUGGAUUUCACGAAUCGAGCGGUUCGAGAUCACUUUUCUUCGACUGACUAGAAUUCUUUACAAUCCAUUCGACGACGAUUGGAGGAAUAAUUAAAAAAUGUUAUAGAAACAGUGCUCCGGAGAAAUUCGGAGAACUCGAUCGUUCUCGUUGAAACAAAUACGUCUUACUUUCGAGCCGUCGAAGCAUUUGGCAAUCCGAGUAAACUAAGCUCCAGAAACUGUUGACUCUGGCGCCCGUUGAUGCACCAAUCGUCACGGAGCAUCGGAUCGUACUCGCUCUACGAUGAAUCCGAAUCGUGAACACCUCGGUUGGAACCUACAUUCGCGGUACGAUCAUGUUUGGUGCAAGGCGGUCAGACGUCGUCCCCAGAAUCCCGCGGGAAUCGUACGCGUCGGAGAGUCAACUUCCUGACACUAACGCGAGGACAGGACGAUCGAACUGGCAACGGGAUCGUGAACAGUGUUCCGUACUUCGCGAGCAGCACGGUGCUCGCUUCGAUCUCGGUUGGUGAAACGCUCGUUGGACGAUGAUCCAGGAUUGUCUUUGGCGGUGAUCACCAGCAGGAACCACGGAGUCGUCGCCACGGAUCGGUGGCGAUCGAGCUGCAGCUCUGUCGCUCGUACAGGUGGAUCGUGCGGUGAACGAGGAGGGCCAGGGAGGGGGUGGUCUGUCGACAUCUUCGGCGGGCUGCAGCGGUGCUUCCGGUUCGAGGAUGGGCCCUGGGCCCGAUUCCGGUAGCAGUGCUCCCUCUUCUGUUCCCCACUCGCUGGCGACCUCGAGGGACGAAGAGGACGACGAGGACGAGGAGAGCAGCGGGAGACGAUCAAAUGGCCACUCAGGAACGCGGUUAUCGGAGCUGUACCGUCGAGGCACCUCCUCGAGCCACGGAGGGUCCUUGGAAAAUGAUGCCCCGGGACUUAGCACAACCUCAACAACCUCGGACUCCUUGGAGAGCAAUGACCUCGAUACCGAGAUACCAGCUACCGCCAGGAGACCCCGUAGUACGAGGGGCUCGCAAAAAUGGAGUAACGUACGCGCUGUCAUGGCGCUAUAUUCCUCUCUACGCAAGAUCAAGAGAACGAAGAGCAAUCAACGGUGGAUGAAGCUGCGCACCACCGUUCAGUUGUCCUCCGCGAUAUCGACGAUCCAGAAGAAGCCGCCGUUGAAACGCGAGGACUCGUUCCUUAAGAGAUUCUCCACCAGACAGAUCCCGGAGAGCCAGGAGACGUUAGACACGGGCGAAGGCGAGGGCGACGCGAACGACGACAAGGAUUCGAGCGGUCGUCGUCGCAGACGUCCGCGAAGGCCGCAGAAACCACCGAAGACCGUGGUGAAUCCCGACGAAAAUUUCUACUACUAUUGGCUGAUGUUGUUGUCCGGCUGCGUCCUCUACAAUCUCUGGACGCUGAUCGUGAGGCAAAGUUUGCCAGAACUGCAGGCGCUGGCGCCGGCUACCUGGCUCGCUUGCGACGGUUUCACCGACCUGGUCUUUUUCCUGGACGUGGCGGUGCAGUUCCGCACCGGUUACCUCGAGCAGGGCCUGAUGGUCUACAACAGCAAGAAACUGGCGGGCCAUUACCUAAAAUCGAAGUCUUUCGUGCUCGAUCUGCUGGCCUUGUUGCCGCUAGACCUGCUCCAAGUGAACCUCGGCAGUAAUCCUAUGCUCAGGUUCCCGAGGUUUCUGAAAAUCUACCGUGUUUACAACUACUACUACAUGGUGGAGUCGCGUACGGUUUAUCCAAACUUGUGGCGCGUACUGAAUCUCAUACAUAUACUGCUGAUCCUGGCUCACUGGUUCGGUUGCUUUUACUACUUGCUCAGCGAGGCGGAAGGAUUCCAAGGGGACUGGGUCUAUCCGUACAGACCCGGCGAGUACGCGUCCCUCACCAGGAAGUACCUCGGCUCCCUGUACUGGUCCACCCUCACUCUGACGACAAUCGGCGACCUACCCACGCCGGAGACCAACGCCGAGUACGUCUUCACGAUAGUCAGCUACCUGAUCGGCGUCUUCAUUUUCGCGACAAUCGUCGGACAGGUCGGGAACGUGAUCACCAAUCGGAACGCGAACCGGCUGGAGUUCGAGAGGCUGCUCGACGGCGCAAAGACCUACAUGAGACACCAUAAAGUGCCUGGAGGAAUGAAAAGAAGGGUCCUCAGGUGGUACGACUACAGCUGGUCGCGCGGACGGAUACAGGGCGGCGGCGACAUCAACACCGCGCUGGGUCUGCUUCCGGAUAAGCUGAAGACCGAGCUGGCGUUACACGUUAAUCUCUCGGUGCUGAAGAAGGUCACCAUCUUCCAGGAAUGUCAACCCGAAUUUCUGCACGACCUUGUCCUAAAGAUGAAGGCUUACAUAUUCACGCCUGGCGACUCAAUAUGUCGGAAAGGUGAAGUAGCCAGAGAAAUGUUCAUAAUAGCGGACGGAAUUUUAGAGGUAAUUAGCGAAACGGGCCGAGUUUUAACUACUAUGAAAGCCGGGGACUUCUUUGGAGAGAUUGGAAUACUCAAUCUGGACGGAUUAAAUAAACGCACAGCCGAUGUUCGUUCGGUAGGUUACUCCGAGCUGUUCAGCCUCUCGCGCGAGGACGUUCUUGCGGCAAUGAAGGAUUACCCGGAAGCGCAAGAGAUCCUUCAGAAUCUCGGGAGGAAACGGUUGAUGGAAGCGCAGAAAGUGGCGAGAGCGACGCGGCAGCCAACAUCGCCUGGUCACGAUUCGUCGGACAACAGCACCGGGAAGAGGAUCGUCGAGAAGUUAAAGAGCGACGUGAAGGGUUUGAAAAACGUGUUACGGAAGAGUAGACGAAAUACCAGGCCAGAGGAGAGCCUCGAGCUGCAGCCAUUGACGCUAAAAGCGGCGACGUUGAAAAGACAACAAAAGUUCGACGACACUCAAGAACCGUCAGCGUCGAACGUUCACGAGCCACCUGUGUCGCCAUUGGGCGCUGGUUUGCCGCUGCUCGCUAGGCUGCGAUUACUAAAGGAGAAGGAGGAACGCGAGGAACGCCGUAACUUAAUGGAAACGCCGGUUCACGUGCCAGAACCGCAACCGCCGCCACAAGAGGCUCAGAACCCGACCAAUCCAAAUUUACCUUUUCUCCAAAGAAUACUACUGUUGAAGGCGAAGAACGAGCAAGAAGCCCAAGCCGACAAGGAAGCGCCCACAAAGGAGCCUCUGCUCCCCAAGAACGUCAUACCGGAAGAGACCAAAGAACUGUCGCCCAAACCAGUGUUGAAACAGCCGCCGAAACAGUCGCCCACGCAAGUCUCCGUCGAUCAGACGACCAAACCACCGACAACCUCCGUCGAGGAGACCACGAACAGCACCAACGCCAAGAAACCCUGGGCCAUGCUUAAAGACGCGUCGUUAACGAAUAAAGAGAACUCCCCGCAGAGGAGCCCGCCAAACAGACGAUUGCACAUCAGGCAAAGUCUUGUGCACCUGAGACAGCAAACUAAAAUGUACGCGUCCGUGGACGAUCUCUCGCCGGAGUACUGCGGUCUGCCGUUCGUCAAGAAGCUCAAGAUACUUAACGAGAGACAGAAGUUGGCGGAACUCGAGAGAGCGGUACGAAGUUCCAGCCUCGAUUGCGGCGAAAACACCGACCUCGAGUUCGACGGGAAUCUAACGAGAAGUCAUUCAGAAGCCUGCGCCAUCGAGUACGCAAGGAAAUUGAAGAAACUGAAUCAGAGUCGACGUGGUCAAUUGUCACCGACGGAUCAGCUGUCACCCGAGAACGAGACACUGGAAAGGCGGAAUUUGAAGAGCAUUCUGAAGAAAUUGUCGGCCGGUAGCAGGACUGGCAGUUCCGAAACAUCGGCGACGAGCACGCCGGAUCGCGAGGCUGCCACUGCUGAAUUGAGGAAGUUAAUGAGGGCGCCGACUAUAGAAGGAUACGCCGCGCGACAUUCGAAGCUCUCGAAGAGUGUCACGUUUAAUAAGUAUACGCUGCAAAGUCCGCCGUCCGAACAGAUUCCAGGAAAUUAUCCACUUGGGGCUCAGUUGUCCGACUCCCAAGAGCAGGCCUCACUGCCACCGCCCAAUAAACUCAGUUUCCGUCCUUUGGGCAGCGGAGGUAUCCUGCAAAUGGUAUCUCGGCCACGAGAAGAGGAAUAUAUAGGGGAUCUGGUGUCUGGUAUCAGAGAAGUUAUUAAAGCUCGCCUGGAGGACAUUCAGUCAAAAUUCGAGCGACAGUUCAUGUCGUUGGAGCUGGAGAUUCGUAAACGGGACGAGAUAAUAUCUCAGCUGCAAACGAGGAUACAAGAACUGGAGCAAAGAGAGCGAAACGCGGACGAGUCGCUCGGCGACAGCACGGAACACGACGCUUCGUUGGAAGAGGAUUUGGACGACGAUCGGGAGGAUCAUCCUUUUAUGAGAGACGGUUCGGUGGACACUGUUCUGACCACCCGUCCCCAUUACAAGCGGUCCUCCUCGUCCAUGGAGUCCGCCUCUCAUAACAGGAGGUCCUGGGAGGAGCAUUCCGAGGAGGAGACGUUGGAGCUCCAAGAACUACCGAGCUCCAUCGUUCCUCAGAGCUUGUGGAAGGACGAGGUGGCGAUCGACUUGGGAUCGAACAGCGACAGCAGCAGAUCGGAGGACGAGCUGGACUAUAGAGCCGGAAGAAGCGACAGCGGUAACGACGAGGACGACGAGGACGAAAUGAACCAGGGGGGGCACAAUAAUUGGGAAGUGGCGAUGCUCGCUCAGGAACUCGAAUCCAGGCGGAGGAGCAGCGAAAGCUCCAGCCCGGGUUCCUAGCGUAUUAACGAGAUCCUAGAUGUACUGUGUUACCUCACGAGCACAUUGCACCCCGAAGGCUGGUGCAACCAACCGGCUGCAGCCGGUAGUGCAGCUUUUUGCGAAAAUGAUUGCCCUUACUUACAAUUAGACUUCGAUAGUUUGACCAGUUGUAGCGAGACUAUGAUGUAAUCUUGUCUUAAUCGUGGAGAUCGUUCCUUUUCUAUGACUCUGGCCGUCUACGUCGAGACUCGAGGCCAAAAACACGUUAAGCAUUAUGCCUGUAAAAUCAUGAAUGUAAUUUACAUUUUAUUCGCGCCCUCUCUCUCUCUCUCUCUCUCUCUCUCUCUCUUACGCUCUCUUUCUCUCUCUAUGUGUAUACACCGAUACGACAAUUACUUGUCGUGGUGUAGUUCUAACGAGCCUUUGACCACCGAUAACCACCUCUUUUCUUUCACAUUUUUUAGCCGAGACCGAUGUCCUUCGCGUCUUUUAACAAGGUUCUAAGAUUCUUUUCGACGAUAUUUAUUUCGCUUGAAACGAUAUUAAAAUUUUACACCCAUCGCUAGAAUCUUGAUUUAAUAAAAGUACUUAUGCAUAUAAUAAUUUCGAGAAAUGAAAAUAAAGUACGUAUACUUGUAAUGUGUCUAGCGAGUAACGUUAUGAUUUUCUUCUCCAAUUUUAAAGUUCAUAGUGAUUUAAACUUAUAUUUAGAUAUUCAUAUCUAUUAUAAAGACUUAACUAAAGAUAAUAAAUUACGAAUCCUUUCAACUACUGUUAUCGAGGAAUAAAGAAAAUAUUUCUAAACGUUAUGGAACGUGUACUAGCGAGACUACAUUCACCGUAUUGUUUAAAAUUAAUUGUCAGUUCGCGAUUAUCUGCCUUAAAUUUUGUCGAUAACUUCGCAUUGAUUGUCCAUGUAAAGGACUGGAUGCCAAAGGGUUCAAAUAGAUCCCGGAAAUUAAUUCGGUAAAACUGAAAGUUCCCUAACGAUCCCGCGACUAUACAGGCUGUUCAGUAAUUCGUAGUGUAAUCGAAAAAGGGAUGGUUUCUUAUUAAAAAAUACAUGUAAAAUAAAAUUUGUUUCGCGAUGGUAUAUGAAAACAUCGGUUUUCUGUAAUUUCAGCCAGACGGAUGGAUCUGUAUUUACAAACAUUGAUAAAGCUACAAAGUGUUAGUUCUGAUAACACGGAUUGAGUUGGUCGAUUAAACACGCUCGAGCAAACGUUAAUGCGUUACAAUUCUGAUUCAUCAAUUUUCCUAUAUACAAUUACGAAAACAUUGCAAUAUUCUCGGCGUAAACAAUUCUUUUAAUGCACUACCAAAAUAAAAAUUAAAUGAUAUCCAUUCCUUCGAAACGUCAAUGUAUAAUAAGUGUUUCCAACAAAUGCUAAAAAAUUUGCUACUUUUUCGGCUAUAUUACAUAUUACAAAACACCCUAUAGAAAUAUGUAGUGUUAUCUCAUGAGAUAUCGCGUGUAUGGUACAAAUUACGAUUAUUUUAUAUUAUAUUCCUCUAGUUAUCCUUCGACAUCAUUAAUUAUGAUCGAUCGUAGUCAUUUUUACAGUAAUUACUGAUUUUACCAUUGUCAGUAUACUUUGAAUUUGUAAUGUUCAGUAUACACGGUGUAAAAACAAUAGAAGAUGAAAUUUAAUUUCCAUAACGUGAUUUCUCCGUGGAUUUAAAAAAUUUUAAAACAGUAACACGAAUAAUUAUUACAAGUAAUUUUUCCUCCUUUUUCUGUUCUCACAGCUGUUAGAGUUUAUUAAUUUUCAAAUGUUUUACCAAAUUUCUCCUGUCCAUGCGCAAAUAGCAGAUUACAAUUUCAACUGGAACAAUCGAUUAAGUUAUUUUAUCACCUAAUGUGCACAAUAAGUGGCUAAGUAUAGUUAUCCUCUUAAUUGCAAAAACGAAUGAAUUAGUGAAAUUUAUCAUUGGAAAUUAACUUUGCUUCUGCUUUACUUAUCAUUUUCUGAUAAAUUUACGAUUUAAUAAGAUUCAAUAGAAUAUUUUAUAUAAUUAAAAACAGUUAUUGUAUGUUUCUCUUUUUUUACUUCAACGCUAACGAUACCUUUUUAUUUUAAUUACACAAACAUUUCCGUCAUAUGUAAAUGAAGUUUUAAGAUUUAUAACUUUCAUUGAUUUUCGUGAAAUUUCUGUUCCAUAAAUAAUUCGCUCGAAAUUUACAUUUUAUUCGAAUUAUUCAGCCCUUGAAUUGUAAAUAAUCACAGGUGCCUGAGAGGAUAUUAUACUUGGGAUAUUUAGAAUUAAAAUGUAAGCACCUAUUUCAAUGUGUAAUUGUGUACACCGGACGGACAUUAAGCGAUAAAUUUAAGCUCUUAUUCCACACUAGGAUUUCACGAAAAAUUUAUUCGAUCGUAAAACAAUUCUUUUGAAUAAUUUGUCUGCUACAAUGAAUAAACAUAACGUAUCAUCAAUUUCUGUAAUAAGAUGCUUGAGGUUUUCAGGGCCCAGGUUCUGAUAUUUGAUACUGGCUGAAGCUUACAGGUGUAAAUCAUGUCCUUUGAGGAAACUGAUUCAAUGUUUCGCCAACAUUACAAUUAGCUUCUUUAGAUUUCGAAUGAAUUACUGUGUCGUUUAAUCCCCGAGAAAGUUAGCGAUGUUGGUAAAAGGUCGGAAUACUUUCUUCAAUGAAACACGACUUACGCCCGGAAACCUCGAUCGUUAUCAAUUUCUGUAAUUAUGCAUACUUUUCAUUUACAGAGCAAUACGUAGUCCUAUAUUUCUCAUCCUCGCAUAAAAUCUUUGUUAAUAAGAUUUAAAUAACUGUACAUUUGUUGUUACAAACAGAUAUAUCUAUACAUACAUAUAAUAUAUACACGGACACGCGAAUACCCAGAUGUACAUACAUACGUAUAAACGAAGAAUUUUAAUUUUAAGAUAUCAAAACACUACUUAAGAAUUCUGCAAAUUUUUCCGUAGAUCUAAAAUUUGCGCAAUUUUUAAUUCUCCUCCCGGCCCCUCAUUCCUUCCACGAUCAUUUACAUUUUUGAAAAGCUGCACCACAAUCGAACAGAGAGAUAUUCGGUACCACGAGGCGACGAGUAAAAUAAUUUCGAAAAUGUGGUAUAUAUGAAUACACACAAACAUACACACGCAUAUAAUUUAAUUAAAACGAUAAAACUUAAUGGGAAUAUGUGACGUAUACUGACCAGACCAAGCUCAAUAUUUCUAGAGUCUUUACAAGGUGAAUAAAUCUGUUAAGUGACAAAUGACUAUUAUGUAAGAGAGGAAAUCUAUUAAAAUCUUGUACAUACUAGCCUAUAAUUUAUUUAUCUAUGAACACGAGGAAAAGAGCGAAUGUUGAUUUAGAGUAUGACGAAAAGUAGGAAAGGUGUGAUUACGAUAUGUUAGCGUGAGUGAGUAUGCGUGCGAAUGAGAGAAAGAAACGAAGGGAGAGGAAGUGAGAUCAGCGCGCGCAAGUGCGAGUGAAAGAAAACGAAAGCGAGAAAGGGGAGAAUAAAAGAUGCG